CCCCGCGGUGCCGGGACUUGAUUGGCCCGCCCUCCCAUCUCCCGCCUCCCCUCGCCACGGCCGGCGGGCAGCUGUGAGGCGCGAGGAGAAAGGCCGUUUCUGAGGCGCCCAUAGACGCGCGUCUCCCGGGGCGGGAGCUUUCGCCGACGCAUGACUCUCUUGGCGCGCGGGCUGCACCCGAUGCGGCCGAGGGACACGAAAGAGCAGCCAGGCCGCCCCGGGGACCUGUACACGUGACGGGCGCUUCCCACGUGCGUCAGGCGGGAGGGGCGGUCCUUCGAGGGCCAGGCGGCGGGGAGGCCGAGGAGGCGCCGGCCGCAAGCGAGCGGGAGCGGCCAUGGCCGGCGACAGCGAGCAGGGCGUGCAGGGCCGCGGGAGGUCGCCCGGCGACGGAGCAGGCGGCGGCGGGGAGCCGUUCCUCAUCGGGGUCGGCGGAGGGACCGCCAGCGGCAAGGUGAUCGGGGGGCCGGGCGGCGGCGGCGCGCUUCCCGCUCCAGGCGCCUCUCUGCACGCGCUCAGAGGCACUGUUGCCAUCCAAAUGGAGAGCAGCCCGGCUGGGGCGGCUCUGCGACCUCACCGGCGCCUCCGUGGCUGAGGGAGGGGGGCUAGAGCGUCCCGCCACGUGCGCGCGCCCGUCCGCGCUUGAGGCCGGCCGGCUGGAGCCCGGGAGGGGCGGCCGGGGGGCCUCGGGAGCGCGCGCCAGGGGAUCGGGCGGCCACGCGGCGGCCUCGAGGGCCGACACGAGUGGGCGAGCGGGCUCCCGUUCUCCGUGUACGGGGAGCUCCGGGCCCAGAAGUGGCCCUUUCUCAAGGCAACAGCUGCGCGUGGAGCUCACUGAAGUAGUGUACGCUAAUAGCGAAAAGUUUUCCCCAAAAUACAGGUACAAGGAUGGCAUCCCUUUUUCCCCAGGCGCUGCUCUCCUGCCCCUUAGAGAUUGGUGGGAGGGGGGUAGGUUUGCAGGCCUGCCGGUGAGUUGCUGGGAGCAGGUCUGAGGGGGGAGCAAGCUGCUAUAAGCAACAACCCCGUCGGGUUCCUUGUGCAGCUAGCUGGGUGUCUCCACAUUCCCGCAAGACAAAAGCCAGAAUCCGACUAGUCUGUUCUGGAGGAAAAUAAGAGCUUAGCCUGUCCUUCAGUGGCUAGAAAGCCCUCAGGGUGGCUUUGCUCUGCUGGCUUAUCCUUUGGUGGCAGGAAUAUGGUCACGGACUGGUGGGAUCCUUCUCUUUCUGCUUCUCCUGCAGCUGGACUGAUGAAACUCUAGUCUUGUUUCUGUUUUCUCCCCUCAAGUCCUUAAGACCCUGCAUGCUUGGGGGUUUAUAUACUGUAUUAAAACAGCCACUUGAAAACUCUUGAUACCCGCUCCCACAUUUUUUCCAGGCUUUGUGUUGUUCCUGAGACUUGAUAGUCUUGAAGCAAAACAGCAUGUCAGAAUUCUAGGUUUCAUCUUGCACCUGCCCUUCCAAAUAGCGGUUUGCAGUUUUUUUAAAAUAAAUUUUUAUUAAGUUUUACACAAAUAUCUCCAAUUAACAAUUUCCCAAUUAACAUAUUUUCAUCUUUUUGACUUCCCUCAGCUUCUCUGACAAUCAUCCGUAUUUAAAUUUAUUAUCUACGCAUUCUCCAAAAUUAGUAUCGCCUUUUAAGAUACCUUUACAAAUAUAUUUGCAUUCUUGCAAUAUUCCUUAUUCUUUCACAAAGCUUCUUUAAAACCCACUAGCGUUGUUUGCUCAUGACAUACACUCUUCAAAUACUCAGAAAAUUUCCCCCAAUCCUCAAUGAACUUGUGAUCUCGUUGAUAUCUUAUUUUUCCAGUUAGUUUGUCCAGUUCUGCAUAUUCCGUUAACUUCAUUCUCCAUUCCUCAAGAGUCGGUAGUUCUUCCUGCUUCCAUUUUUGGGCCAUUAAUAUUCUUGCUGCAGUUGUUGCAUACUGAAAGAGUUUAUGAUCCUUUCUAUUUAUUUCAUUUCUUGCGGUUUGCAGUUUUGAGUGCUGCAGGUGCUUCCGUUCUGGGUUUCUCUGCAGAUGUCGGGGGUGAAGGCAACACAGAUGUCACCAUUCCCUCAGCUUCUAAGAAACUUGAGAGCUGUUCCUCCAUUUUUCUUAAACUAUUUACUGAGCUCUAUUAGGAAAACAAAUUAAGAGAUGUUUUUAAAUAGUGAGCUUUUUUUGUUUGAAAUCACAACUCCCACUUUUAACAGCUGAAUCAAGUGGCCAGUAAUUGUUUGUUUCCUAUUAAAUUGAAUUAAUUUGGCAAUGAUUUUUAAUAAUUUGAAAAUCAAUAAAAAUAAUUGAAAAAAGUAAUUGUUUGCUUCCUGUUUAAGUAUUUGACCAAUAAGUUCCACCUCCCCAAUUUUCCUUGUUUUCCAGUGCAAAGCAGCCAAAGUACAAGACAGAUGUACUCAUGGUAAAAAUCAACAAGGUUCUCUUUGGGCUUUAUAUGUGCACCAAAAAUAACAGCUAGCAAGGAAAUAACAUUAAAGAGAGAGAUCUUUAAUCCAGGACCCCUGGAUGGUUAAGUCCAGUCAAAGGUGACUAUGGGAUGCUUUUCAGGCCGAGGGAGCCAGCAUUUGUCCACAGACAGCUUUCCAGGUCAUGUGGCCAGCAGGACUAAACCACUUCUGGCUCAAUGGGAAGCUGUGCUCCUAGAUACUCUGCCAGUAUAUGGAGAGAGGGGUGUCAUGGUGGUGACUGCUUAGGACCAUAUGGCAGAACAAAAUCUUGCUCCUUUCUAAGCCCUUUUCUAGGGCUGGGUGGUAUCAAUAUAACAUUCAGAACUGUUUUUUGAAGUCUGUAUCAUGAUAACCGUUUAAUGAUUUAUUUCUUGGCAAUAUAUCACAAAUCGGGGGGGGGGGGGGAUGUGCUAUGCACAUAUAGCCAGCCAGUGCUGCUUUUGAUUCCUGUGCAGUUCAGCUCUCUGCUACCUCCUGCAGGGGCAGUGAGUCACAAGGCACUGGCAAAAGCAGCCAGCAGAAACUUCCCUCAGAUGCUCUUGCUUUAAGUAGGCUAGUAGGUGGUGCACCAGGCUGGUAGGUGGCUUAUGGAGAUGCCGGUCUGAGCUGGCUCUGGGCUUCUUGGUGGAAGCCCCUUUCCCCCUUCCUUUCUCCUGUGAAACGUUAUUUACUUCAGAAUAAAAACAAAAACUUUGCCCUACUGUUUAAGCUUCUUUCCUCACUUCUCCCCUUCUGCAUGUUUGUGUGUGAUAGUCUCCCCACCCUUGUUAUCCUUCCCAUUUUCUCCUCACCCAUGAACUCUCCCAAUUCUCCCCUCCCCCCUUUGCUUUCUCACAUUGUUUCACCAACCCUAUACUUCCUUAUGUGCUGCUACUGCUUCCUUUUUAUUCCCUCCCACCUACCCCACUGGCAAAAAAAGGAAAGGGGAGAAGUGUUUUUAUUUUCUGGGGGUGUUUAUGUUGUUUGUUCCCCCUAAAUAGUUCCCCUCCAUAUAAAAAGGAAGAUUUUAGGAAGAGGUAAGUAAAAAUUUAUCAUUUUUAGACCCGUUAGUAGUAGCAGUUGCCAAGACAUUACCACAUUUGCCUCCACAUAGCUCCAUCCUUAUUUCAGACAUUUUGAUGUAUUGGUAUAUCACAGUGUUGAAAACCAGAUACCGCCCAGCUUAGCCAGUAUUCCUUGGACGCCCUAACCCAGGCUUCCUCAACCUCGGCCCUCCAGAUGUUUUUGGCCCACAACUCCCAUGAUCCCUAGCUAGCAGGACCAGUGGUCAGGGAUGGUGGGAAUUGUAGUCUCAAAACAUCUGGAGGGCCGAAGUUGAGGAAGCCUGCCCUAACCUAUGAUCUAGGAUGUGCUGUACACUUCUCAAUAGUUGAGCAGAAAACAGUUUUAUUGUUAGAGAUUCUUGCUUUUAGUCAAUGCUAAAAAUGAUUCCUGUACAACAGAUUAAGAAUGAAGUGUAAUUUGCUCCUGGAUACACAAGCUUCUGACAUACGGGGGGGGGGGGACAGGAAAAACCCUCUAGCUAGGCUAAAUGGAAGGCUAGAGUUUAACACACCUUAUCUGAACUCUCUUUAAGCAUUUUCUGCUGGUUUUCCCCUGUGGAGAAGUGAUUUUUGGCUUACCGAAAAUAUUGUGAUAUCUAGGAUAUUAGUGUAGGUAUGAUUGUGGACUAGUGUGUCAACUCUAAAACAAAUGGUAGUUGUCCACUGGUGAGCAGCAGCAGCUCAUGAUAUUAUAUAAACAAGUUAUUUCUAAUGAGUCUAAACCAUGGGUAGGCAAACUAAGGCCCGGGGGCGAAAUCCAGCCCAAUCGCCUUUUAAAUCUGGCCCAUGGAUGGUCUGGCAAUUAGCAUGUUUUUACAUGAGUAGAAUGUGUCCUUUUAUUUAAAAUGCAUCUCUGGGUUAUUUGUGGGGCAUAGGAAUUUGUUCAUUUCCCCACCCCCACCCCCCAAAAAAUAUAGUCCAGCCCGCCACAAGGUCUGAGGGACAGUGGACCGGCCCCCUGCUGUAAAAGUUUGCUGACCCCUUCUGUAAACAGUUUAAAAAUGAAUGUCAAUACAAAGUCCACCAUCAUUAUACCCAGAUGGUAGGGGGAGACUUGCUGAGAAUGGGAAUUUCUCCCGCUAACAAAUCAAUCAUUCAGAAACAGAUGGGUUUUAAAUCCUGCCACAAGUUAAUAAAAUAUUUGGGAGUGCAGAUAAUUAAAAAUCUGUCAACUCUAAGGAAAGCAGGCUUUACACCAUUAGUUUUACAUGUACAACGGGAUUUUAGAUCUUGUAAAGACCUACAUUUAUCAUAGUUAGGAUGUACAGCUGCUGUAAAUACAGCUUUCCUUCUGAAAGCUUGGUUUCUCUUUCAAGUGUUGCCUGUCAUAAGAUUGUCAAGCUGGCAGGCACUCCAAGGGUCAUCUAGCCCAACCCCCUGCAACGCAGGAAUCUCAACUAAGGCAUCCCUGACAGAUGGCCAUCCAACCUCUGCUUAAAAACCUCCCUUCCAGGAAGACAGUUCCACUGUUGAACAGCUCUUAUGGUCAGGAAGUUCCUUUUAAUGUUUAGUUGGGAUCUCCUUUCUUGUAACUUUAAUCCAUUGGUUCGGGUUCUACCCUCUGGAGAGGAGAAAACAAGCUUGCUCCCUCUUCCAUGUGCCUCCCUUUAGAUGUCACUCUCCUUCAUGGUCAUCUGUGAUGAUGGUGAUUCCUGCAUUGCAUGGAUUAAACUAGAUGAGUCUUGGGGGUCCCUUCCAACUCUACAGUUGUGAUUCUAAAACUUCCUUGUGUGGUUCAGGGAAGGAAGGGUUUCUGUUAAGCUUCAUUGUUUGUACCCUACUAACUUAUCCCCAUUUCUAGGACACUUGCUUUAAGCUGUUACAGGCCUGAAUGGGCUGUUGCCCUCUUCCCUACAUUUUCCUUGUUGGUUUUUUUUAUUUUUGUUAACUGACCCUAGCAUUGUGUGUCAACUCUGUUGGGUUGGCACGAUUUCUUGUCUGUCUAGGCUUGACUCCCAUCAGCUUUCUGUAAAUUCUGGGAUUUGUCAGGUUAUCUUGGGGUGUAUAUUUUAAAAUCAUCUUUAAUUUGCAGAUUUAAAUGCUGCUGUGUCUCCUGAGUAUGUAGAAACCACUACCUUGUUUUUCAGUGGUUCCCUUUCACUUCCAGGCUGGCAGGUACUCGGUCAUCAGAGUUUGCUAUUAGGCCAGGGGAUGGUGAUAAUUGAAGGCAAUUGAAACAUCAAAUGUUAACAUGUCAGUAGAAGCAAAGGUGAAUAGAGGAAGAUUGAGGGGAAUUUGCCUGUUUGAACCUGUAGCAGUUGCUGAUAUCCUGGAAAUAGGAAUUGGAAUUAGGGGGGGAUACAUCCCAUGAGGUUAAAAGGCUCUCUGCUUCAGGACUGGCAGCCUUCUAGUACCAUAUUGCACAGUGGGAAAAGUUUUUGAUUGGGUGGGAAAGGGAGAAAGUGUCCUCCAAGAGUGCCAGAAAUGUACUGUGUGAGAUGUUUGUUCCAGGCUGACUAGAACCCUGAUUUGGAGCACUCCUAUUGGGGACUAAGGAUAAACUGCAAUAUAUUGUAGGUUUCCUAUGGAAUUUAUUAUAAUGCCUAUGCGGAAAGGUAACAGCUAGAGAUGUUCUGGAAGGGGAGGAGGCAAAUGUUGCUCCCAGCUGAGCCAGUGAAGUGAGCUUUGCUUCUGGUAGAAUGAUCACAAGUUAGGAGCCCUGCAGAAAGUCUCAGUAAGCUCUUCUGCUGUCUGGUAGAUUUAUCCUGUUCCUUUGACUAGUGUAGCAAACUGGAGUACUUACAAUGAGAUUUCCUGUCAGGAACAUCAGAACAGGCCUGCUGUGACCUUGACCUGGCCUGGGCUGAGCCCAAGUCCCGUAAAAUAGUGGAGCGUUCCCUGCUUGGUCAUGCCCCCCCCCCCCAGUGCCCAGCUAUGAUGUACUUGAUGAGUGCUGGAAAGAAGGUUGCAGACUGAACUGGAAGCAAGUUGCACUACCCUUAGCCCAAGGUUGGGGAGGGAUGGUCUGUUGACAUUUGAAAGACCAGCAGGAGACAUGAAAUCCUCGCUGGGAGCUGGCCAAAGGACAGUCCAGUGGAAGGACAGAGCAGUGGGCCAAAGCCUAUAUAAGAAUAUAUUUUCUGCCUAUGAUGACAAUGCUCAGGUGUGGUCAUUGCCUAAUGCUCCGGCUGCUGAUUUUGAGAUCCACCGAUUUAUAUGUGAAAAGGGAAGCAGCUGAUGAUACAUGCCUGCCCCUUCUGUCAGCAUAUUUCUACUGGAAAGGAAAAGAUUGGGGGUCAGGAGGUGCUUGGAAUGCCUUCCAGCCAUGGGGCACAAACCUGUCUCCUCCCUGGCAAGGGAGAGGCAAGGAGAUCAAAUUAAUUGUGGGUAUGUAAGCUUGAAAGGGGUGAACUAACAGGAAUGAAAGGACUGCCUGUUAAUGAAGGACAAGUAUGCCUGCAACAUUUAUAAAAGAAGUUUUACAUGCUUGAUCCCUGUCCUAUGAACAUGUUCCUGCUGGACUAGGUGUUGCAGGGCCUUCACUUUUCUGUUCUUUCCAGGGGACACAGUUAUAUAUUUGGCAGAUGUUGCCGUACUCCUUUCCAGAGGAGCCCCCUGCCCCUUGGAAGCUUGCGGAUAAGCUGGGUCCUUUGCAACUGGAGGGUCAACACCUGUCAGUCCUUCAGUCCACUUCAGAUUAUGUUUCUCUCUCUCUCUCACUUUGCUUCUUUUGCAGUCCUCUGUCUGUGCCAAAAUAGUCCAACUGCUUGGUCAGAAUGAAGUAGACCAUCGCCAGAAACAGGUGGUGAUUCUGAGCCAAGACAGCUUCUAUCGUGUGCUCAGUACAGAGCAAAAAGCCAAAGCUCUCAAAGGCCAGUUCAACUUUGACCACCCAGGUAACUCAUCAUGAAGCCUGGGAAGGGGCAUAGGCUUUUUCCUUAGCUUCUACUUAGACUUCCCAAAGACGGAACUGGGAAAUUGCAAUGUCAAAACAACCUGCCCUGCUCAAGAGAGAUCAUUUGAGAGCUGUUGAGAGGAGGCCCCACCUUGACAAUAGGAUAGAUUGUUAUUGGUGCUGUUGUUAUUAUUAUUUAUUAAAUUUAUAUGCUGCCCUUCAUCCAUAGAGCUUAGAACAGUUCACAGCAAAAAAAUGCAAGAUAAAAACACAAAUACAUAAAAGAAGAAGAAAAACAAAACAAUAACCCUUCCCCCUGCAAACCUCUUAUGUUCAUCCUGCUACUUUAAAUUUGCUUGGAGUACAAGCUUAACCAAUUCUUUCUUCCCUUCAGCUACCCAAGUUACAUAAUAUACAAUGUUCUGAUCAUUCAUGAUACUGAUUAUUAAAGUUAUAACAAUAAGUAAUGAAUAAUUUUUGAUUAUUCUGUAGAUGAAGUGGCUACCUAAAUUAACAGGUUACAGGCCUCAGAAAAAGAGAGGUAGAGCUGAUCCACAGCUAUCAAAAAUUAAAUUAAAGCAAUGAUAUACAGUAUAGUGGAAAACAAUAUAAAGCCAAGGUGAAACUACGAGCAAAGAGCAAAGAAGCAGGGAGGAAGAACAAAGUAGAAACCAGGCCUCCUGUUGGCCCCCCUCCAAUUGUACAGGUACCAAAGCUGAAGAGGCCUUUUCACUCAUUCCCAAGCUCCAGAUUUCCCACUGCAGUGGAAAGUUCUGUGUAAACUUAUUUCAGAUAGAAAGGAACCAUGAGAGCAAAGUUAAUCUUGUUCACUCUGAUGAAAGGACUGUUCCUCCACUGAGUGUGACAACCAUUUCUCCCAAGCUUGAAACUACAGAAUUGGAGAGGAAUUAUCUGGCAGCUACCCAGUGAUUCCCCCCCACCAAUACCCAGAGGCUGUUUGGCCAAGGCUCCUGGAUCACCUUUGCCAGGUAGAGCCAAAAUGGCAGGCCCCCCUCCCUUUCCUGUUCCAGAGCAGGAAAUAAGAGUUUGGGGGCUUUCUUGACUGGUGCUGCAGUCAGAGCCCACUAAUUCCAAGCCAUCCUUUCAUUCAGAGGCUUCCUUGGCCACUGCUGUCAAGUGGGACUGGGUAGAAACCUGGCAGGCACAAUUUCUGGUUAGCCAAAAAUUGUAUCUUUCUCGUGAUCCAGAAGACUUCACCUAACUAGGAAGGUUUUGUGGGACGUUUAUGCUUUCCUCUGAGGCUUCCUCUGCCUCACUAGGGAGACCUACCUCGCACUGAGAGACACAGCUGUUUAACUUCCCCUCUCUCAUUCUUGCUACAGAUGCCUUUGACAAUGAACUGAUCGUCAAAACUCUUAGGGAGAUAUUGGAAGGGAAAACAGUUCAGAUCCCCGUUUAUGACUUUGUCUCUCAUUCUCGGUAAGUCUGCUUCUCCCCUCUUUUGCUCUGUGCUUUGGAUGUGGCGCUUUCCGUCUGCAUUGCUUCUCAUUAGCAGAUCCUUCCAGUGAGCCCAUGGUGGAAAACAUUUGCAUAAAAUGUAAAUGCUGCAUCUUGCCCCGAAACCAACCUUUAAUAUCUAAUGGUCUAGUCGAAGGAAAAUUGUAAAACAGUUCUUCCUGCUUCCCUCCUGUUUAUCAGAGGUAAACACUAAUCUAGUGUUUGCUUUGGUAGAAGAAAACAGAGGUGGACUCCCAUGUUGUGUCGGGUGCGUUCCCUGCAAUGAAAUGACAAGAAAGGAGCUGUUGCCUUCAUUCAGUUUCACUAUUCCAAGUCCAGUGAAUUGUAGCCUAGUGGUCUUCAACUGGUGGGUCGGGCCCCACACAUGGGUCACACCCCGAUCCAAGGCUGGUCGCGACAUGAGCACUCCAGUAUGCAACUACAUGGUAAAAGAUUAAGAAAUGGUUCCCGAAAGGCAUGUUUGCUCUAGACGUGGGUCUGAGAAGGUAGGAGGUACUUGGUCUAGAGUUUAUUUUUGGGCAACUCCAUGGCAAUGAUGACGACGAGACAUAAUUUCCUCUCCUCCCCCAUUGCAUCUGCCCUCUUCCUGCCAACAGACCAGAGCUAUUCCAAAUGGUGAGGGGCCUUUUAAAGCUGGACUCCUCAGAGAAGUUGAAGGGAUCCAUGGAAGCAGACUGUGAACAUUGUGCGUGCAUCUUGUGAAUGAAAUCUCUUACAUCCUCUCAGUUUAGGCUCCUUUGGUACAGGGCCACUUAUCAAUGUGGAUGGGUUCUUUUCAUGUUUCUAUGUUUGCUUUUUAGUUUGCAUAACCUGAGGAGGUAGCAAGUUGUGACAUAUCAGCAGGGAGCUUUCCCUGAUCUCCUUUUUGUACUGUUUUCUCAGAAAAGAAUCCUGAAUCCAGUCAGACUGAAAGAGCGUUAGACUCGUAAUCUGGUGAACCGGGUUCGCCUCUCCGCUCCUUCACAUGCAGCUGCUGGGUGACCUUGGGCUAGUCAUACUUCUCUGAAGUCUCUCAGCCCCACUUGCCUCACAGAGUGUUUGUUGUGGGGGAGGAAGGGAAAGGAGAAUGUUAGCCGCUUUGAGACUCCUUAGGGUAGUGAUAAAGCGGGAUAUCAAAUCCAAACUCUUCUUCUUGACAAAUCCAAGACUGUCCAUUCUAAGCCCUACAGACAAGGAUCAUUCCCAGUAGGAAAAAAUAAAAAGGAAGCAACUUUAGUUUUGCAUUCCCAGAUCCCACAGAACAUUGUAAACUAUCAUUGGAGGCACAGUUGUGCAGUCUUAGCACUUGGGGAAGAUAUCAGUGAGAAAUUUAACAGAAAUGCCUUUUUAAACCAAUAAAUCCAUUUUUGGGGGUGGGGAGAAGGCAGCAAAUCACACAUACAGAUUUUAUGGGGUGUGACUUAUCAAGUAUUGUGGCUGCAUAAUUCCAUUACACCCAAAUAACAGAUUAAUUUAGAAACUCAGAGUUUGCUUUAAAAACUGGGUGAUGAAAGGUGUCUUCCUCUUUGGGGGAAAAAGUUAUAGAUAUUUCCAAUUAAAUACCUUUCCCAGUGGUCUCCAGUUCCUGUCUUCUCCUCACCCUCCCUGCCCCACCACCUUUUGUAUACAGUCAUACCUUGGAAGUAGAACUGCUUAGUUCUCGAACGUUUUGGCUCCCGAACGACAAAACCCGGAAGUGAGUGUUCUGGUUUUCAAAUGUUCUUUUGGAAACCAAAUAUCCAACAGGGCUUCCGUGGCUUCCGAUUGGCUGCAGGAAGUUCCUGCAGCCAAUCAGAAGCUGCGCUUUGGUUUUAGAAUGUUUUGGAAGUCGAAUGGACUUCUGGAACAGAUUCCGUUUGACUUCCAAGGUAGGACUGUAUAUUGGUUUCUCUUGUUCCAAUACUUUUGUGUAGUUUUCCAGUGCUGAUAAAAAAUAUUUGAACAUGCAGUGUUAAGGUCUCUCACCACUAUUCAAGUUUAGAUUAUAAACACCUUCAGAUUUGUUAUCUUUGCUUAUGAAACCAAGGAUCCAUGGGUAGUGUUGUAGAAAUAAACAAAAACCACUGGAAACAUCUAAAGUAAUUUUUAGUGACAUUUCUGAUGCUAAAAUUCAGUAGUUAGAUUCUUUAGUCUUAUAAUUCUGUUGUUUUUGUAGUGUAUGGCUCAAGACAUAGGUAAAGGGACCCCUGACCAUUAGGUCCAGUCGUGACCGACUCUGGGGUUGUGGCGCUCAUCUCGCUUUAUUGGCCGACGGAGCCAGCGUACAGCUUCCGGGUCAUGUGGCCAGUAGGACUAAGCCACUUCUGGUGAACCAGAGCAGCGCACGGAAACACCGUUUACCUUCCCGCUAGAGCGGUACCUAUUUAUCUACUUGCACUUUGACGUGCUUUCGAACUGCUAGGUUGGCAGGAGCAGGGACUGAGCAAUGGGAGCUCACCCCGUCACGGGGAUUCGAACCGCCAACCACCUGAUCGGCAAGUCCUAGGCUCUGUGAUUUAACCCACAGCGCCACCCGCGUCCCUUGGCUCAAGACAUACUACCUCACAAAAUGUUUGAAAAACAGAAUAUUGGGAUGCCUUCAAACUUGCACAUUUAUUAGGGCAUAAGCUUUUAUGGACCAAAGUUCAUUUCAUCAGUUAUAUGCCUCUCACUUGAGGAUUACUCUGCACCCAUCUAAGAAUCAUGCGCAUAUCUGGUGCCUUAAAAGAAGCAGCUGAGAACUUUAAAAAGUUUGCAACAAAAGUCUUUAACUCUUUGGAGGAGUGACUCCAUGUGUCAAAAAUGAGGCUGCUUCCUGCAGAUCUUUUGUCUGUCUGUUCCUAAACUACCAUUUUUAGUUCAUGGAUCUGUGAGAACUUUCGAGUCCUCAGUUGUAGAUCACGGGCAUACUGAGUUCUGAGUGAUAGGCUUGGGAAAGAGAAAAAAACAAUCCUUUAUGUGCUCAUCCCUUCCUUUUCUUGAAGUUAAACCAAUCAAAGUCCACAGGUUUUUUCACUUAUUUCUUGGGCUGAAAAGAAUUCUCAGGAAAUUGCAGUCCUAUGUGGAUGGAGCAACAAACUGCUCCCAAUCAUUUUAUUUAUAUAAAUAAUUAUAUGCCAUGUUUUGGCUCUAUGUUACCUAAACAUAUACAAAUAAAUAAAACUAAUUUAAAUGUGAACAAUAGCCUAACAAAAAAAAACAAAAACAGGAGCAUCAUAAGAGCUUUGGAUCAGACCCUGUUGUCAUCUGCAUGGCUUUCCUGACCAUGCAUUAAUCUCUUUUGCGCAUAUUAACAGCAAAGAAGAGGCAGUGACUGUGUACCCUGCUGAUGUGGUGUUAUUUGAGGGCAUCCUGGCCUUCUACAACCAAGAGGUUCGGGACCUAUUCCAGAUGAAGCUCUUUGUGGACACAGAUGCAGACACCCGACUCUCCCGCAGGGGUAAGUUGGUAGCCUUUUCAGAUGAAGAGGGGAGUAAAAAAUUUUAUUUUAAAAAUGAAGUUCACAACAGUACAAAAGCAAAGCAUUGCACUUGAGGAUAACGUAGUGGUGGUGGUGAGGGAAAACCUUGUUUUCCUAUAGUUGUCAGGCUUCCAUGUUGGCCAAUCUGAGCUUUCUGCUCUCCUACUUUCAAUGCCCACCGGGUUCUGGGGGGUGGGGGGUGGAAUGCUUUCUAAAGACACUGAGUCUUGUCAGCUGUCUCUCCCCUGGUGCUGCUCCUGCUUCCUAUUCCUCUCCCAAUAUUUCCCAGCUUCUCCCCUCUGCAGCCUUUCAGCUGUGACCUCUCGCAAACUCCUGUUGUCAAUCUACGCUGUCUCCUUCUUCUCUGGUAGGUUCAGGUGGAGGAGGCGGUAUCCACCAUUCCUCCGCCUCCUCUACCCAGUCCCUGACAAGAGUGGAGAAAGGGGGUACUUUGUGGGUUGUCAUUACCCACACUUUUGAAAGGGUACAUCUAGGGGCAGGGCAGCCCCCUUGCCCGUUCAACUUCUGCCAGCUCCACUGCAAGACACUGUUGCUUCCUCAGCCAGCAGCCCCCAGGCACAGCACAGAAAAGUUGGGAAAGCCAUUUUGAAAAACCUUUACUUUGUCUUCCUACACUCAAUCUGUUCCUCCGCCCCCUGCUUUUUGGCUUCUGCCUCCAGCAGUAGUUUUCUCUCUCCCUCCCGCUCUCUUCAGCUGCCUCCUUCCCCCAGGGCCUUGCAAACCUCUGGAGGCUCCUGGUGGUUCAGGGUGGAGGAGGUGGAAAAUGGAUGGAGAACAGUGGAGCAUUUACUGUGAAGAUGGAGCUCGCCUGGAUGAACAUUGGCCCCCUGGGGCGCCUGUACAGGGUACCCCGGGAGUUCAUCACCCCAGGAGGUUACUCCCUGGCUGCAGAGUUUGUGGGGCACCUGCAAAGGCCCAUUUGGGUGCUGUCUCUCCCUGGGAUGUGACUUUUGCCCCCAAGGGGCUAGCCUGGCUUGUAUAGGUUUUGGGCCUCCCCUUCCCUCCUGCAGACCCCAUGGUCCUGCAGACCCCAUGGUCCAGCAGCAUCUCCCAGUUGGAAGGACGCCUCCAGUUGGGAGGGGCAGCAGCUUCCUCAUGCGAUUAACCUGGAGGCAGGUACAGCUAAGAGCUGUUGGGGCUGCUGAGCCCACCGUCUGUGGAGGCUACUGUUCAGUACCGUGGGAGUGGCCCUGUGGUGUCUUACAUGCAUCUUGUUCCGCAUUGCAGAAGUCUCAUACUCCUUUCCAAGCUGGCUUUGAGUAGUGCAGUGUUGUAUUUUCCCCACCCAGCACAAGUUCCCGUUCUUAUUAACUUCUUGGGGCGGGGGGGGGCACGGGACACUUUGGUAUUCAAGUUUCCUUUGUUUAAAGAAAAACUAUCUCUUGCAGAAAAGAAAAAGAAAAAGCAAGCCGCUUAGAGCACCAUAUUCUGUUUGGCUGGGCAACCUGUCAGUGUAGCUGUGUUCUAGCUCUGCUGCUGUCAGUCUCCUCCUCAUGGUUUCUUUCCCCCCUGCAGUUCUCCGAGACAUAAGCGAGAGAGGCAGGGACCUGGAGCAGAUCUUAUCUCAGUAUAUUACAUUUGUGAAGCCAGCCUUUGAAGAAUUCUGCUUGCCUGUGAGUAAAGGAUAUGGUAGCCCCAGGGCUUUUGCAUCUGUCAGUGCUGGGCUGGCCUCUUUGUGAGUGCCUGGGAGGCUCACAAGGGGGAAAGAUUUGUUGGGUGCUUUCUCUUCCCAGUUAGAGCUUUGUAUUCCUGUCCAUGAGAGAGAUUAACUUUGGAUAUUUUUGUGCUGGACAUUCCACAAACAGGUGCUCAAAAUAAAUUGUGGCAUAUGAAGUUGGUUUUUUGCAGGCUCUUUGCACUUGUCACAAUUUCUCACACUUUUAUCUGCUACCAUAAGGGCUGAGGGCUUUCUGUGAAUGCAUCCCUGCUGCAAUUCCAGGGUCUCUUUCUGCAGAGCUUCCUCAAGUGAUCCUGCAACAGCUGCCAUAUUAUUUAAGUUUUGUCACACUUGAAAGAUGUAACAAGUGUAUCAUGGCAUAAACUUCCGUAGACUAGAUACUGUGUAAAAAGUGCACACAAAUCCAUAUCUCAUGGGUGUGCAUGUUUUUUCCUUGUUAUAUAACUUUAUUAUCAUUAAUAAUAAUAACUUAAAAUUAAUUUUCUCUAUGUCUCCAGUUCAGGGAAGGGCUAUCAGUGGCUACUCCGCACUGUGUGUGUGUUCUGUCUCCACUGUCAGGCAAUAUGUCUCUGAAUUGCAGUUUCUGGGAAUGACAGGUGGAGAGAGUUAUGCUCUGGCUCUGGGAGGCCACUGUGAGUGCUGAACUAGUUGGGCCUUUGGCCUGAUCCAGCAGGCUCUCCUUAUGUACUUAAGGGGCCACAAAGUCUCCUCUUUUUUGCUGUGAAAUGUGGAAGCUGGCAGCAGCUCUGCCAGGGGAAAAGGGGAGCAAGGAAAUGUAUUUUCAGCAUUCAUUACUUCAUCAGCUGUUCGAGCUGAGGAGAAAAAAUUCUAAAGCAGUUCUCUCAAACGGGUAUGGGUAACAGCUCUGGAUUUCACCUGCAGCACCCUGUAAUGUGAUUUUAUCUUUCUGGCAGACCAAGAAGUAUGCUGAUGUGAUUAUCCCAAGGGGCGUGGAUAAUCUUGGUGAGUAGUUGACGUUCCAAGUACAAUACUUGCUUUUGACUUGUGCAGCUGUUUCUGGAGAAUGUGAAACUGGAGAGGGUAAUUAUGAGGAUUUGGGUUUCUACAGCCUUGGGAACAAUGCAACAAUUUAUUUUCUUAUUCCUGCAUUGCAGGGGGUGGGAUUAGAUGACUCUUGGGGUCCCUUCCAACUCUGCAAGAAAAGGAUAGAUUUGUUGAGAGAGGACCAUGGUGUGGAGUAGAGUGAGAUGUUGAGUAUGUGUGGAGGGUGAUGAGGCAUUUUGAAGGAAACUUGGGACUCUAUGUGGACUAUAUUCUAAUCACUCCUCCUCUUCUCUGCCCAGUGGCCAUCAAUCUGAUUGUGCAGCACAUCCAGGACAUUCUGAACGGAGGCCUUGGCAAGCGCCAGCCCAACGGCUGCCUGAAUGGCUACACUCCUCCCCGCCUGCAACAGCACUCAGAAGCAAGCAGCCGGCCACAUUGACCUCAGGGCUGCUGCCUUAGGAACUGAAUGCCCUUGGUUCCUGCCCUGUAUUUACAGCCCCAUGUACAAACACGCUUGCCGGGCUUGGUGGCUUCUUUUCUGACUGAUGGAUAGAUUGAUGAGUCUGUGCUAAGGACUCUUGCUUCCAUGGUCAGAUUUUGCCUUCCUAGGGUGGCUCUGCUCCAAACUCCAACACGGGGCAAUACAUUCCUACAGUGAGGAUGCUGAUGAUUUCUAGGUUUUGUGGAAUGGAAAGGUGGCAUCUCUGUCUUUGGGGAAGAUGGUGCUGUGUGCAAGGCAUUGGGGGAAGGAAUCGAACCAGAACUGGGUGCCCAAAUGGCUCUGCCACUAGCUUCAUAUCACAUCUGGACCUCAGGUUUGUAUUAUCAGCUAAGAAGGGAGGGAAGGGGGUAAGGAAAGCACCAUUUUUGGCUUGUGCUUUCAGAAAUGUAGAUCAUUGGGCUCUGCUAUGAUGAGAGAUGGGGGAGCUGUUACGAGAAAAAGGUUUCAACUGAAGUCUCACCUGGGCUCAGAAUGCCCGUUUUCAUCCCCCUACUGCUGAGCAAUAGUUCUGCAACGGGCUAAUCUUAAAAGUGAUGAGAGCAAGGCAGACACAGCUCCCGAGUGCUGCUUGGCUUUAAGCCUGCACCCAUGUGACUAUAUGGCCACAUACUCUCUGCCUUCCCAAGUAUUCCUGAGCCAGCCUCAGAACUGGUAUUCAUCUGAUGCCUUUGGAUCACCAGAAGUUCUGCAUGUUCAUCCUAGUGGUGCUAAACACAAGAGUGUUGUGUGUCCAUCCCAGCCAGGGAGCAAUGUAUAGAUACUGACUUGGAUGAGCAGGGCUAAUAGUGAGCAUUUCUGACUGGGCCCUGGGAAUGAAUGGGGAGUGACCAGGACACAGGAAAAGGGGUGUGUGUGCCAUGGUGCUCAGUGUAGGGUUGUGCUGAUACAGAUUGAAGCAGUCAACAAUGUUUUCUACCACCCCCACCCACCUUAAUGGUGUGGUUGGAGAGAGAAGGUGCUUGUAUGUCCUCUGGUGUUUUGGGUCCUGGCUGGCUGACAAGCCACAGCUAAAUAUUAGCAGCUUCCAGCUCUUGUCCUAGAAGGGGAAUAGGAAGAGCCACUUGUUUUGCCUGCAAGUCUAGGAGGCUUGUUCUUCAGGGUUUAGAUGGAAUUUCUGGAUAAGGUCAGGUGGGAGAACUCUUGGGACUUUGCUCUUUUCCGUAAUUAUUGCUUUCAAGAUGUAAUAUUCAGACUUAAUAAAGGUGGAAUGAAAAGUGUAUUGUGGUUUUUGUUUAUAAUUUUGGUCACGCUGAUUACUCUUUCCUAGGCGUAACAUCAGGUGCUCUAGAAUUCUGUAUUUAAAAAGAUCUCCUGUAGCAUACACAUUGAACUCAUCUGUAUGCAUGAGUUCUGUUUGCACACAUAAACUAUGCCAUUCUACAUGCAUUAUCGUAACAUGCCUUGCAAAAUUUAGAAUGGUCUCUUUUUCUGAACAAUGAAUGAGGGCUGGGAACAUGUGACAAAAGGAGAAUGGGCUGUUGCUGCACCUAAAAAUAAAGUUGCGAAAGGUGCAGAAAAAGGCAACCCAAAUCAUGAAGAGGCUGGAGCAAGUCACCUGUGGGGGAGACGUUACAGCAUCUGGAGCUGUUUAGUUUAGAAGGAAGUUUGGGGGAGAAAUGAAAGGGC